UCCCCAUCCUCCAGAUCCACGUCAAAACUUUCGGAGAGCCCCCAGUCAGCGCGACCAUGAAGCGGCAGAACGUGCGGACCCUGACCCUCAUCAUCUGCACCUUCACCUACCUGAUCGUGGGCGCCGCUAUCUUCGACGCGCUGGAGUCGCAGAAGGAGACGACGCAGCGGACGAAACUGGACAAAAAGAGGGCCGAGCUCAUGGAAACGUACAACUUGUCCAAGGAAAACUUCGACGAACUUGAGAGAGUGGUGCUGCAGCUGAAGCCCCACAAAGCCGGCGUGCAGUGGAAAUUCGCCGGCUCGUUUUACUUCGCCAUCACUGUGAUCACAACCAUCGGGUAUGGCCACGCAGCCCCUAGCACAGAUGGAGGGAAGGUGUUCUGCAUGCUCUACGCCCUCCUGGGUAUCCCCCUCACUCUGGUCAUGUUCCAGAGCCUGGGCGAGCGAAUCAACACUUUUGUCAGGUAUCUGCUCCACCGGCUGAAGAAGUGUCUGGGCAUGCGGCACACCGAGGUCUCCAUGGUCAACAUGGUGACCAUCGGCUUCAUAUCCUGCAUGAGCACGCUGUGCGUGGGCGCCCUGGCCUUCUCCCACUUUGAGGGCUGGAGCUUCUUCCAUGCCUACUACUACUGCUUCAUUACACUCACCACCAUUGGCUUCGGGGACUACGUGGCGCUGCAGAAGGAUGAGGCAUUGCAGAAGAAGCCCGAGUACGUUGCAUUUAGUUUCAUCUACAUCCUGAUGGGCCUGACUGUGAUCGGGGCCUUCCUCAACCUGGUGGUACUGCGCUUCAUGACAAUGAACGCCGAGGACGAGAAGAGGGACGCCGAGCAACGGGCUCUCCUGGCGCGGAAUGGUCAGGCAGGCGGCCACCACCGCUGUGCCACAGACCCGCCAUCUUCCUCCUCCACGCCUUCCGGAUGUGGUGGAGGAGGCGGGAUGGGAAGCAGUGGCGGAGGGCCGGCGAGCCGGGGCCUACGUAACGUUUAUGCAGAGGUGUUGCACUUCCAGUCCAUGUGCUCCUGCCUGUGGUACAAGAGUAGGGAGAAACUGCAGUACUCCAUACCCAUGAUCAUCCCACGGGACCUCUCCACCUCGGACGCCUACAUGGAACAGGGGGAGGCCUUUUCCAACCCACUCCACUCCAAUGGCUGUGUGUGCAGUCUACAGCACCAUUCAGGCAUCAGCUCGGUGUCCACCGGCCUGCACAGUAUCAACACCUACAGAGGACUUGCUAAACGACGCAGCUCCAUCUAGAGGCUGGGAGGACUUACUGUUUUACACCAAAUCACAACUCAUGUCUACAAUGUGGGAAAGACUGUACUACUGUGGUACUGGAUUCGCCAGUUUGAAGGGAGCUUAACUCCAGUCCUAGAAAGACGUAGUUCUCCCGCUGGUACUCUUUCUGGUACUGUUUAGCCAGGGUGCCUGCCUCUAUGUGGUGCACUCCACCGUUAGCCUUCGGACUCUUUUUGCCAUGCAGUUAACUUCCAUUUGCUUGUAAGCACAAACCAUUUAGGACUAAGGUAGCUAAUUAUG